CAAAAUUACAAAGGCAAUAAAAAUUGUAAACGUGUUUUGGAAGAAGGCUGCGAAGCAGACAAUGGUGUUUCCAGUCCACCUCCAACAGCGCUGACGUGUUGGCGUAGACCGCGCCAUUUUCCCCUGGCAUCAAGACGAUUGAAAAGAACAACAAUUCAAACACAAACCCAGGCUUCGAACUCCAUCUGAAAAUUCAGAGAUUUGAAUCUUCCACUCUUCUUAUUCGAACUCAAAGCACCUAAUUUUUCCAUGUAAUACUUAUAUCACACGCAGUUCAUGUUUGUAUUGAUAUAUGUAUAUCUAUGUUUGCAAGUCCUGAUGUAAUGCGUAUCAGAGAUGCCUAGCGUGACAGUGAAAUUGUAUAGCGUCUUGUUCAAAUUCCUCCUUAAACGCCGACUGCAGACAUUGAUCGAGUCUCCGAUCAGCCACGAUACGGAUCGUACAUACGGCGUCGUUACACGCCCUGACGAGACAAUCGCCGCCGUCAACCCCAGCUUCGGCGACGACGGCGUCGCUACUAAGGAUCUCCACAUCGAUCCCUCCACUUCUCUCUCUCUCAGAAUUUUCCUCCCUGAUUCCGCCGUUGCCUCGCCUGCCGCGAUCCCUAAGCUCAAAGUUAGGGUUCCGUCGGUGAAAGUGAGUUCCAGGAAUGACAAGAGUCCGAUUUUUUCAGAAAAUGGAGGAUAUGGAGGGUAUUUGCCGGAUAAAAACGGGAAAAACUGCAGGAAAUUGCCGGUGAUAUUGCAGUUUCACGGUGGCGGUUGGGUGGGUGGGGGUAGUGACACCGUGGCUAAUGAUUUGUUCUGUAGACGAAUAGCCAGAUCAUGCGAUGCCAUUGUUGUGGCAGUUGGAUACAGGUUGGCACCUGAGAGCCGUUAUCCGGCUGCUUUUGAUGAUGGAGUGAAGGCGUUGAAUUGGCUGGCGAAACAGGCGAAUUUAGCUGAGUGUAGCAGGUCAUUUGUGAAUGGGAGGCCGGUGGGUGGUGAAGAUGGAAGGAGAAGGCAAAUUGUUGAUGGUUUUGGUUCUUCCAUGGUUGAACCUUGGUUAGCUGCCCAUGCUGACCAUUAUAGGUGCGUUGUCCUUGGAGUGAGCAGUGGGGCUAACAUUGCAAACUACGUCACAAGAUAUGCCAUUGAUUCCAGGAAACAUUUGGAUCCUGUGAAGUUGGUUGCUCAAGUCCUUUUGUACCCUUUCUUCAUUGGAAACACCCCAACACGUUCAGAGAUCAAAUUGGCCAAUUCUUACCUCUACGAUAAAACCAUGUCCCUACUCGCAUGGAAACUUUUCUUACCAGAAGAAGAGUUUUGUUUGGACCAUCCGGCUGCCAACCCUCUUGUCCCCAUAAGAGGAGGGGAUGUUGCCCUAAGGAAUAUGCCCCCGACACUCACAGUGGUCGCUGAACAUGAUUGGAUGCGGGAUAGGGCAAUCGCAUACUCAGAGGAGCUUAGGAAAGUUUAUGUGGAUGCUCCUCUUCUUGAUUAUAAGGACGCGGUCCAUGAGUUUGCUACCCUUGAUGUCCUGUUAAAGACACCACAAGCCCAGGCUUGCUUAGAGGACAUCUCUAUUUGGGUGAAAAAGUAUAUAUCACUCAGGGGACAUGAGUUCUCAUAUUGAUUGAUUAAAUUUGCAAACUGCGGCUUGUAGCAUUAUAGAUCAAAGAGAAUAUUGUAAUUUGAUGGCAAGCUAGGGAUUGUUGAUGGCUUGUUGCAUUUAUACAUUGUUGCAUUGGAAAUAUUGAUGUACACUAUACACGGUAGAUUUUAGUCAAAACAAGACAUUCUUUUGAGAAUAUAGAUCUAUUGAUAUGUAUGCAUUUUAUCCCUACAAGGAAGUGCUACUUUUAAAAUCUUUUAUCGCCUUGAUCCUUAAAA